CAUGGUCUCUCCUCUCCUUCCCUCACUCACAUUUGGAGCUCAGCCUCAGCAGCUCACUGCUCUUUUUGGCGCCUCAUUGGAGGAGAAAGGAAGGACUAUGCUUGUCUGAUGUGACAACUUUUGUUAUUAGCUUUUUUCUAUACAGUUUUGAGGACAUUAAAGUUUUACCAGGUCAACGUGAGGAAAUACCCACUUAGCAGAGAGAGGAUGACGUUCAAGUGAAUUUUAGAAGUAGAGUCGCUGACGUUUUUGUUGCUGUUAGGUCAUAUUAGCUUGAACCGUGGGGACAUUUUUGGCGUCUAUUUGUAAACAAAAUGGAGCGUAGCAGCUUGACUUUUCUCGUGAUAUUUGCUGUAACGCUGGUUCACGUGUGUGAUGGCCACACGGACACCUCGACAGGUGGGAGGAAAUUAGUUCCGGGUAGCGGGCUGACGCCACGGGACAACGCGGAGAGUGGUGAAAGAAGCCUUUCGGAGACCACCCAGACCCGGCGGGAUGUCGGGCUCCCGUUAAACGCAGCCCCGAGGACCGCUAGACACCCACGCAGCGUGACCCUCUCGCAGUCCAGAAACAGAGUGAACCGCCGGCAAAGCAAGUCCGGUACGGCGAGCAGCAGGCGACUUGUCGGACCAAAUGUGUGCGGUGGUCAGCAGUGCUGCUCCGGCUGGGCCGUGGCACCAGGAACCAACCGAUGCAUCAAACCCGACUGUCAGCCUCCCUGCCAGAACCGCGGUUCCUGCAGCCGGCCACAUACCUGCGUUUGCCGCUCGGGUUUCCAGGGGCCCCGCUGUGAAGAGGUGGCCCCCGAGCAGGUGUACAUCCAUGACAGAGGGUCUCUGAGGCGUGUGCAGCCGGGCAGCAACCCUUUCCAAAGAGACCAACCGCGGAGACGGCCCGCGGAUAGGCAAGCCAUUGAUAGCGCCAAGGUCCAGACCCCGCGACCUGCGACCACCAGGCAACCGGUCCAAACUGCGACCCAAGUGAGACGGGGACCCCCUGAAUCCUCCCCUCAGCUAACCGGGACCUCCCGUACCGUCAAGCGUUAUCCGUCAUCCUCUGGGCCGAUCACUUCCAACGCAUUGCCCGGCGGCAACGCCCACGGAAAUGAGCACAGGAACUUCCACGGGCAUGACAACGUGCGCUACUUCAACGGUCACAGGACAACCGCUAACAACCAACUUUACGGACAAUUCAACAAUGCAUUAUCACCAGCAGGGGCCAACCUCACCUCCAGCCUGGACCGCAUAAAGAUCGUCUUCACGCCUACCACGUGCCGUCGCGUGUGCAGCAACGGGCGCUGCUACAAUAGCUGCGAGAAAGGGGACGUGACCACUGUGUACAGUGAGACUUCGCAGCAGCAGCAGCAGCAACAGCUGCAGCAGCAGCCAAAGACGCCUGGCUUCAGACUCUUCUUUUGUCAGAUUCCCUGUCUAAACGGAGGCCGUUGCAUUGGUAGAGACCAAUGUUGGUGUCCAUCUAACUCAACCGGGAAGUUUUGCCAUUUGCCAGCUCAACCUCACGCCAAGCCUGCCACUCACAAGGACUCCAGAAACUCUAGCCCCAAAUCUCCUUCCCACUCUACGUACACUUUACCGCUUUCUAAUCAGCAAGUCUCGCUCCACCCAUCCUUGGUUAAAGUCCACAUCCAGCACCCGCCGGAGGCCGAGGUCCGCAUCCAUCAAGUGGCUCGUGUCCAGCCAGGUCAGAGGUCCCCCGCCACGGAGGGGGCUCAUUCUGUCCAGCAGCGCUCGCAGCCCGGGAAUGGCCACGAAACCGCCAUCGAACACGCCGGCAGAAACGGAUACGCCGGCGUGGACGGCCACGCCAGACCGCACCACCGUCAAAACGGGCAUGUGGGAAGAUGCUUCCAGGAGACAGUUGACGGACAGUGUGGCAAGCCUCUACCAGGCCUAACCAAACAGGAUGAUUGCUGUGGAAGCAUUGGAGCCUCCUGGGGUCUCAACAAGUGCCACAAGUGUCCAACCAAACCAAUAUAUGCAGUGAUCGCAAAUGGACAAGUGGAAUGCCCUAUUGGAUAUAAAAGAAUGAACGCCACGCACUGUCAAGAUAUCAAUGAAUGCCUCCUACCCGGAAUAUGUAAGAACGCUGAGUGUCUCAACACCAAAGGAAGCUACAGGUGCACGUGUAAACCUGGUUUCAUGUUGGACCCUGCCAGAAGCCAUUGUGUUUCUGACAAGGCAGUUUCCGACCAGAAGGCGUUUUGCUACAGAUCCGUGUCAGCAGGUACAUGCUCCCUACCACUUUCUCAGCACAUCACCAAGCAAAUCUGCUGCUGCAGCCGUGUGGGCAAAGCCUGGGGAGAUGGGUGUGAUCGCUGCCCUUUGCCUGGAUCUGAUCAUUUCAAGGAGAUCUGCCCGGCCGGUCAUGGAUACACCUACUCCCGAUCUGAUGUGCAGAUUUCUCUGCGGCAGCUCGGGGAAGAUGAUCUUCAAAGUACUGGAUUGUCUUGGGAAGAGCAGAACCCUACAUAUCCUCAACUGCCAUCGUCCCAGCCUCAGGAUCCCAACUACCCACAGACUCCUCAAAUCCCCCAAUGGCCUGAAUACCCGGAGUCACCACAGCAACCUGUCACUCCACAGCAGCCCCCUCAUUCCUUUAUCCCAGACAGAGAAACACCUCAACAGCCUGAAGAUGUGGAAAUUCCAAGACUGCCAGCUGUUGUGACUGACUCACCAUUGAAAUAUCCAGAAGUUGAUCCAGACCCACCAGCCAAGUCUGAUCCAAAGGAAACAGCUCACACCGACUCAGUGGGUGUUGACAAGUGUGCUACCACCCCCUCCAUUUGUGGCCAUGGGAAAUGUGUUCCUGUGCAGACUGGCUAUACCUGCCAGUGUGAACCAGGAUUCAAACUCAGUGCUCUACAGACCAAUUGCAUAGAUGUGAAUGAGUGUGAGGAUGAUCCGUGCGAGGGAAAGGGCAGUUGUACCAACAGUUAUGGCUCCUACAAUUGUCAGUGCUUCAGCGGCUACAGCCAGGUGAUCACUCAGAACAGGAAGUUCUGUCAAGACGUUAAUGAGUGCAGCAUGCCCAACAAGUGCCAGAAUGGCCACUGUGUCAACACAGAGGGAUCUUACACCUGUGAAUGUGACAAUGGCUUUGCCGAAUCCUGGCGAGGCCUAUGUGAAGAUAUAGAUGAAUGCCAAGACCCCACUACAUGUCCAAGUGGUGGCUGUGUCAAUACUGUGGGCUCCUUUCUGUGCCAGAUCUGCAGCCCUGGCUUCAAGCCCAUCAGCAAUAGAUGUGUAGAUGUGAACGAGUGCCUGAACCAAAACAUAUGUGGCCGUGGAAGGUGUGUCAACAGUGAGGGCUCCUAUAGGUGCAACUGCUUCCAAGGAUACAAACUCACACUGGACAACGUAUGCCAAGAUGUGAAUGAGUGUCUGCUUCCGGGGGUGUGCCAACAUGGAUACUGUAGUAAUCUGGAGGGUACCCACAAAUGCACCUGUAAUCAGGGUUAUCAACCGACCUCGGACAGCAAAGCUUGUGAAGAUAUCAAUGAGUGCGCAUCUGGUAAAAGGUGUCCGGAAGGAAUUUGCAUCAACACGCCAGGUGCCUUCACAUGCCAAAGCUGUAAUCCCGGUUUUGAACCAUCUGCUGAUGGGCUGAGAUGUGAAGAUGUGGACGAGUGUUCUCAGGGUGACUGGUGUCUCGGUGGCGUGUGUGCCAACAAUGCAGGGUCUUACACCUGCACCAGGUGUAAGGCGGGCUACAGGGUGUCUGCAGACCGAAGGAGAUGCGAAGAUAUUGACGAGUGCCAGUCGCUGUCUACCUGUGCCAACGGUAUCUGUCUAAACUCAGAGGGCUCUUACACAUGUAAGAACUGCCCCACGGGCUACGCGGUGUCGUACGAUGGAGAACUUUGUGAAGACGUUGACGAGUGCGCGCUGCCCACUACGUGCCCCAGGGGAACAUGCACAAACACAGAGGGUUCCUUCACAUGUGUCAGCUGUCAGCCCGGUUACAAAGUCUCAGAGGAUGGACAACAGUGCGAUGAUGUGAAUGAAUGCUUGGUAGCUAACGUGUGCCCGGGCCAGCUGUGCUCAAACACCCUGGGAUCUUAUACCUGCAGGAGCUGUGGUUCCGGCCUGCAGCUGUCUGAGGACGGUUAUGGCUGCGAGGAUAUCAAUGAGUGCCAGACCCCAGGUUUGUGUCCCAACGGCAUUUGUACCAACACGCAAGGCUCCUUCUCAUGUAUGGCUUGUGACCCGGGCUUCACCGUGGCACCCAAUGGGCUCUCGUGUGAUGAUGUGAAUGAAUGUGAAGAUGCAGGUCUGUGUGUGGGAGGUCAAUGCACCAACACCAUUGGAUCCUACAUUUGUGCGUGCCCUCCCGGCCUGGAGCUGAUCGAUGGGACCUCCUGCAGAGAUAUCGAUGAGUGUUUGACCAUAGCAGGAAUCUGUGGAGAAGGACAGUGUCUAAAUACUGAGCGGUCCUACAUGUGUAUCUGUCCUGACGGAUACGAGACCCUUGACGGGCACAGCGGAUGCCGAGAUGUGGACGAGUGUAGCAAAGACAACGUGUGCUCUCGGGGUCAAUGCCUCAAUACUGAAGGGACUUUCAUGUGCUUAUGUGAAGCUGGAUUCAAGUACAGCGAGGACACUGCUGACUGCGAAGACCAGAAUGAGUGCAAGGAGUUUGGAACUUCGGUGUGUGGUACCUGGCGCUGUGAGAAUACCAUCGGUUCGUACCGCUGCUUCAUGGGCUGUCAGCCUGGCCUUGAGGGGGAAGACGCCACAGACUGCGACAUAGACGAGUGCCUCAACCAGACCAUCUGCGGGAGCCACGGCUUUUGCGAAAACACCGAUGGAUCCUAUCGCUGCGAGUGCGAUCUGGGCUACUCGAACCCACCCGGAGAUGCUAGCAAGUGUGUUGAUGUGAAUGAGUGCGAGAUGAGCUUGGCACUGUGCGGGGAGGCCCUGUGUGAGAACUUCGACGGCAGCUUCCUGUGCAUCUGCCCCAACGACAAUGAGGAAUUUGAUCCCACAACCAGCCGCUGCCGCUCCCUUGGUGACGCCGACUUAAAAACUCCCGCUCCUGCCGCCGCCUCUGCCGAGGAGAGGAAGGAGUGUUAUUACAACUUAAAUGACGCCAACUUCUGCGACAACGUUCUGUCCCGCAACACCACCAAACAAGAGUGUUGCUGUACUGUGGGCGCCGGUUGGGGAGACAACUGUGAAAUCCACGCCUGUCCUGCUCAAGAAGGAGAUGAUUAUCACCAGUUGUGCCCUCAUGGCAGUGGAUCCAUACCACUUCCUGCCUCCACAACUCAAAGUCAACAACUCUACAUAGAUGCAAAUGAGUGUGAAAUGUUUGGAUCAGACAUCUGUAAGAAUGGACAAUGUGUCAAUCUCUUCUCCACUUAUACCUGCUACUGUCGCUCUGGAUUCUACUACGACAACGUCAGGCUGGAGUGCGUGGAUUAUGAUGAAUGUGAAUUUGGAAAUUCCUGUAUGGAUGGAGCGUGCGUGAACACACCGGGCUCUUUCAACUGUUUCUGCAGUCCGCCAUUAGUGCUGGACAACACGCGGCUGCGCUGUAUAAGUGUCAACACAACUGAAGAAUCUGUGGAGUCUAACACCGAUGUGCACAUGGACAUCUGCUGGCAGCGUCUGGAGGGAGACAACGUGUGUUCGGAUCCCCUGCAGGGCCGCAGAACAACUUACACUGAGUGUUGCUGCCUUUAUGGAAUCGCCUGGAGUGGACAGUGUGCCUUCUGUCCUAGGAAGGACUCAGAGGACUACGCGGUCAUGUGCAACCUCCCUCUCCGCGGUGGUUCAGACAGUCUACGAGAGAGGCCGGGCUACGAAUACGGUGUCGACGGGCCAGAGGAUCCCGCGGAGCCUUUUGUUCCUUCGUAUUGGGACAACUACGGUGGCCCGGCGGGACCGUACAACGCACCCGCGAGCAUCCCUCUCUUCAACGAUAACGACUACAGCAUCCGACAGCCGCCUAUGCGAGUCCCCGUCCAUCGGCCCCGGGAGCACCAGCCUCGGCUAGUGGAUUCCUUCUCUGAGCGCUACGAUAGCUUUGAGGGUCUCCAAGCAGAAGAAUGCGGCAUUCUGAACGGCUGUGAAAAUGGACGUUGCGUUCGUGUGAGGGAAGGCUACACCUGCGACUGCUUCGACGGUUACCAGCUGGACCUAAACAAGAUGGCCUGCAUAGAUAUAAACGAGUGUGAGGACAUAAGCGACAAGGUGCCGUUGUGUCAGAACGGCCAAUGCAGCAACACGGAAGGAUCCUACAAGUGCACCUGCUUGCCCGGCUUCGUGGCCUCCGCCAAGCCACACAAAUGCAUCCCGGCCAUCCCGGAGGCAGCGCAUAAAGACACAGGGAACUGAGCGCCAAUUUCUCCCGCUUCCUUUAGUGUUGAACUUUCAUUCCUCCUCUGGCCUUCUCCUCAGUGCCUGGCACAAAUGACGCUGAAACGUCCAGACUCCCAAGUCCUCGCAUCAGACACGCUUGCGUUCGGCUCACCACGCGCUUAUCAUCGAAUCAUAAAUGAACGAAAAUGGGGCGCACGCAAUGAAGACAUGACAAGGGAUUCUGCGGAUUCCAUUCGUUCCCCCUACCUGGAAAUGAUAUAAUUAGACAAAUUUAUUUUCUCUGUCAUGUGGAUAGAAAAAGUCUACACAAAGUGUCUGAAACUUAUUUUGGGUUAGUCAGAUGGGCGUUUGAAUGUGAACGUUAGCACAUCUUCAGUUAAGGCAGUGCUUCUCAAUUAUUUUCUGUUACGCCCCCUCCAGGAAGACGUAAACGUUCUGUGCCACCCCCAACUCUGCUGCCGCUGUAAAUAUACUGUAGUAUCAUCUGUCUAUAAAAUUCUUAUUAUUAUAAGUUGGGUUGUUCCGAUCACGUUUUUUUCUCCCGAUCCGAUCCCGAUCGUUUUAGUUGCUUUUUUUUGCUCCCGAUUCAAUUCCCAAUCAUUCCUGAUAAUUUUCCCGAUCAUAUACAUUUUGGCAAUGCAUUAAGAAAAAAAUGAAUAAAACUCGGACGAAUAUAUACAUUCAACAUACAGUACAUAAGUACUGUAUUUCUUUAUUAUGACAAUAAAUCCUCAAGAUGGCAUUUACAUUAUUAACAUUCUUUCUGUGAAAGGGAUCCACGGAUUGAAAGACUUGUAAUUCUUAAAGGAUAAAUGUGACUUUGUACAUUGUGACUAAAUAUUGCCAUCUAGUGUAUUUGUUGAGCUUUCAGUAAAUGAUACUGUAGCCAUUUAACUGUUCUGCCCAAAUGCAUGAUGGGAAGUGCAACCAUUACUGUGCGUCGUGGUACCAAUUGAUAUAUCUUCUCUGCGUUGGGAAAUAACACAGGGUGUUAAGAAAAAGAUAAACUACUACCUUUCUUCCCCACAUUGCUUCCCACGAUUAUUCUAAUUGUUGGGAGAGGGAUUGUAAGGCUUUAGCCAUUUAAAAAAAGUCUCCAAGAGCUGCCAAAAUUCUCUCUUCUCAUUUUAUGCUGCCUUUUAGCUCUAUAUACUGUAUGGGUAAAAUGGCGCCAUUAUAGAUUGAACGCGACAAUGCGUGAGUGGGUCGUGCAGCGCAUGCGUUAAUUGCGUUAAAUAUUGUAACGUGAUAAAUGUAAUAAAUAUUAGUUCUCGCUGUUAAUACGAUAAAUUUGAUAACCCUACCUUAAGCUUAAACUAAAGACUCUGGAAGAGUGUAACACAUUAUGUCUGUAACGUUAAAUACAAUUAGAAAACGAUUUAAUUAAAAAAUAUAUAUAUAUAUUAAAAAAAGGCAUGUCCGAUAUUUUUUUGCCGAUUCCGAUACUUUGAAAAUGACGUGAUCGGACCCGAUCGAUCGGCACAUCUCUAAUUAUAAGUACACCUCUGCAUAACAUUGUGUCCUUUUUAAUAUUAAAGAAGACCAUUUGACACUGAAAAAAAAGAAAAGAAAAUCAAUAAAUUAAUGAUGCACGAUAAUACAUUUUUCAACCGAUAUCGAUAACCAAUAAUUUCCUGCCCCUUCCACCCCAUAACCGAUAGUGUCACGCCGAUAAUUCUAUUCAAAUAUGUAUGUAAAAUUUUCUGGCGAAAAAGUAUGUUCCCCAAGGUCACAUGCGCCACCCCCAGCAUCGCUCCGCGCCCCCUUCGGGGGGCCCGCCCCACUAUUUGAGAAGUACUGAGUUAAAGCAACACUUGGUUAUAGGGUUGUUCCGAUCAUGUUUUUUUGCUCCCGAUCCGAUACCGAUCGUUUUAGUUUGAGUAUCUGCCGAUCCCGAUAUUUCCCGAUCAGAUUGCUUUUUUUUUUUUGCUCCCGAUUCAGUUCCAAUCAUUCCUGGUAAUUUUUCCCGAUCAUAUACAUUUUGGCAAUGCAUUAAGAAAAAAAUGAAUAAAACUCGGACGAUUAUAUACAUUCAACAUACAAUACAUAAGUACUGUAUUUGUUUAUUAUGACAAUAAAUCCUCAAGAUAGCAUUUACAUUAUUAACAUUCUUCCUGUGAGAGGGAUCCACGGAUAGAAAGACUUGUGACUUUGUAUAUUGUGACUAAAUAUUGCCAUCUAGUGUAUUUUUUGAGCUUUCAGUAAAUGAUACUGGAGCCAUGCCCAAAUGCAUGAUGGGAAGUGGAACCAUGACUGUGCGUAGUGCUACCAAUUGAUAUAUCUUCUCUGCGUUGGUAAAUAACAUAGGGUGUUAAGGAAAAGAUCCACCACUACCGUUCUUCCCCACAUUGCUUCCCACGAUAUUUCUAAUUGUCGAGAGAGGGAUUUUAAGGCUUUAGCCAAUUAAAAAGAGACUCCAAAGACUGCCAAAAUUCUCUCUACUCGUUUUACGCUGCCUGUUAGCUCUAUAUAUAGGUAAAACUGCGCCAUUAUAGAUUGAACGCGAGAACGCGUGAGUGGGUUGUGCAGCGCAUGCGUUAAUUGCAUUAAAUAUUUUAACGUGAUUCAUUUAAAAAGUAAUUAAUUACCGCCGUUUACGCGAUAAAUUUGGUAGCCCUACUUUAAGCCAAAACUAAAGACUCUGGAUGAAUGUAAGACAUUUAGUCUGUAACGUUAAAUACAAUUAGAAAACGAUUAAAUGAAAAAAAAAAAUAUAUAUAUAUAUAUUAAAAAAGGCAUGUCCAAUAUUUUUUUGCCGAUUCCGAUACUUUGAAAAUGCCGAUCGAUCGGGACAUCUUUAGUUGAAAAGUUAGCUAGUGUUGCUUUAAAAAUGAUCACAAGUGAUUAUUUUAAGUUUAAUAGUCAUUAAAAUGGGGGGGUGUAGACUUGUUUUAUCCACUGUAUGUACCCUAUUUUUCGGAGUAUAACUAACACAGUUUUUUUCAUCGUUUGGCCAGGAGUGCAAUUUAUACUCCGGAGCGACUUAGGAGUGAAAUUGUUAUCACAUUAUGAAAUCAUUUCACUGGCGAUCAGUCCUGUGUCCCUUAAACUCUUACCAGCAAGAAAAGAUGAAUGAAUGGCACUUUUCAAACAUUUUUUUUUUACUACGUUGAAUCAGAGUUGAACAGCAAUGUUUCGAACGUGCGGCCCAAGCGCUGGGGAGACAACACAACCAAACGUUUCAAAAAUAAAAGCUUCAGUCGCCACCUUUAAAGACCUGAGAUGUAUAUGAGGAUCAGAUUAUGUGUUUUCUAAAGGUGCAAUAUUUGCCUUCGUCUGUUUGACCACUUUCCCCCCCACAACUUCCUUAAAAUCAAACUAACGGUAUUAACUUAUUUUAUUCUGUUGACCAAGUAGCGUGACGCUACAUUGUAGUCUAAAAUAACACCCAAUCAAACAAAUAUCACUGCUUUUUAGUAUAAAUGGCUGCUUUUGUGUACACAAUUCAAACAAAUGAUUCAUUCCCACUAAGACAAAGACUCCAAUGGAGAGGUUUGGUAUAUUUUGUACAGCUUUAGAACGGUGUAUUUUUGGGGUAAAUACUGUAUUCUUGUAAUGCUUCCUACAUAGCACAAACAAUAUUUUACUUUGACAUAAAAUAAAAACAAAAUCUAGAAAAAAAAUGAUGUUAUAGCUUUGUAGAUUUAUACAUCUGUUAAAAAAAAUAAAAAUUUAAAAAAAAAUAGAGCAAACUUUUUUUAAAAGGCAAAUCUUUUUAUGUGUGAAGAGAGCGGCUGACACUGUACCAGAGGAACUGUGUGUAUAAUCUGCCCUGUGGAGCAGAAUUUUUUUGUAUUUUGGCGGGGGGAAAAGUGCCAGCACUGUUCUUAAUCUAAUGGCAAACAUUUUCCAUUUCAUUACAAAGACAACGCUUUUUUUGGAAUCGUAAGCACCGACUUCUGUAUGUUACAACUCCAUGGUUAAAUGUCAUUAAUUGUGAACAUUACUUCCUUCAGUCUGCUUUUUUUCGGAGUCAUGAAUGUAUCACAGACAGCUUUCGCCUCCUUGUUUUUCUUUAUUUGAACUUUUGUAAUUGUUGUUCAGGUUUAAUGAAAUCAUUUGUUUAACAGUCACCUGGCAAGAUGCAAACAUGGAAGCAUGUAAAUAUUAAAGUCUUUUUUAAUAUCCCUUUAACCUGCAUUAAUGAACUAUAAAAGAUGCAACUGUUUCCAUUCGACGUGCACUGUAAUUUGACUGUGCUGUUCUAAUCAUCACUUGAACCAGAUGGGAAGUCGAACAUUUGGGUCAAAGUUGGAACAGUGAAUGCCCUUGUAAAAGCCACAAAUCACCUAAUUAUAAUGUAAUGUUCUAAUGUUGGUGGUCAGCGGAAAUAUCACGCUCAUUCAUUCGGUUUACCUCCUGACUGUAAUCACUGUCAGUCAUCCAAAUAAAAACUUUAAAAAAGAC